GACCUCGGUCGAAGUUGGACUUACCUAGUCGGACUAUUUGUCCCAGGUAAACAUACUCGUCAACAACUUCGAGCUUAGUGUUCCCAACAACUACCGGCAUAGGUGUGACAUGGACAUUAAACAUGAUCUUUGUUUUGUCCAUGUUCAUCUUAAGACCUAUCCGUUGGGAAACACUAUUGAGGUCAUUAAGCAUAGUGCUUAGGUCCUCCAGCGAUUCUGCCAUAAGGACUAUAUCGUUGGCAAAUCGAAGGUGAGUGAUGUACUCGCCAUUGAUGUUGAUACCGUAUCCUUUCCAGUCCAGAAGCUUGAAAACAUCUUCCAAUGCAGCGGUAAAGAGUUUCGGGGAUAUGACGUCACCCUGUCUUACACCUCUCUGCAAUUGGAUAGGUUUCGUACUCUGGUUCUGUACUCGGAUAGCCAUCGUAGCCCUACUGUACAAGCACUUCAACACUUCGAUAUACCGACAGUCAACUUGGCAUCGCUGAAGGGCCUGCAGCACCGCCCAAAUUUCGACGGAAUCAAAGGCUUUCUCAUAGUCCAUAUACGCCAGACAUAGUGGCAAAUUGUACUCCUCGGACUUCUGUACAAUUUGCCGAAGGGUAUGUAUGUGGUCUAUGCUGCUAAAGCCUUUUCGGAAACCGGCUUGUUCGGGAGGCUGGAAGUCGUCAAGUCUGCGCGCGAGACGAUUCGUAAUGACUCUCGAAAACAGCACGUAGACGCGGCUCAGAAGGGAAAUCGGUCUGUAGUUCUUCAAGAGAGCGUUGUCGCCUUUCUUGAAGAACAAGACCACCGCACUUCUGCUCCACGCCUCCGGUGUAAUGCCACCAUGGAGGACGAAAUUAAAGAGCUUCUGAAGGACUUCAAGUACCGGUUUUCCACCCGCUUUCAGAAGCUCCGCCGUAAUUCCAUCCUCGCCUGGGGCCUUGCCGUUUUUAAGGUGCUGGAGAGCCAUUCUAAUCUCGCUAAGACUGACGUCCGUGAUAUCAUCGGAAUAAUAUCGGAUAAGACUCGCUCUUGGAUCGUUACUCACACUUGCGUGCGGCUCCAACGACGUGUACAGCUGCCCAUAGAACCUCUCAAUCUCACUCAAAAUCUCAGGUGCCCCGGAAACGAUGCUGCCACAUUCGGUCUUCUGCUUUGACAGUCGGCUCUUUCUGGCAGACAGAUCUCUGGCAAAGACUUUGGAGCCUUGGUUCCGCUCGAUCGCUUCUUCAAUACGAGCUGUAUUGAAGUUGCGUAAGUCCCGCCGCAUGCAUUUGGAGAUCUGUCUGUUCAGUUGCCUGUAUACUGUCAAAUCUGUUGAAGAAUGUAGCUUCAUCUCCCGUCUAACAGCCAUGAGAUUAAGAGUGUGAUCGGAGAGUUUUUGUGUUCUUCUGCGGCGGGUCUUGCAGAACUUAGCUCCGAUCGCAUGGACAGUUUCCACGAGCUUGUCAUUCAAAUCGUCCACUUCAUUGCAGUCUUCUAGGCACUGAAAACGGUUUUGUAACUCGAGCUGAAAGGUUUCAGGACCUUGGAUUAGAGCACGAGGGGGACGGAGCGUUGACUUCAUUAGACGAGACCUCUCCAACUUAACGUUUAGGUUCAGUGUGCCUCUAACCAUUCGGUGAUCGCUGCCGGUUUUCACCCUCGCGAUCACUGAGACAUCACUGAACAGUUGUCGUCUGGUCGUCAUAAUGAAGUCAAUCUCAUUUUUUGUCGAACCGUCGGGGCUCGACCAGGUCCACUUCCUGUGGGGACGCUUCUGGAAGAAAGAAUUCAUCAUAAAGAGUCCCUCUUUCUCCAUGAAGUCGGCCAGCUGCUGGCCCCUUGGGUUCCGUUGCCCUAUUCCAAAUUUCCCACUUUCAGCUCACCGUUUUCUCUUGUGCCUAGUUUUGCAUUGAAGUCUUCCAUUAACACCGUAUAUUGGGUUUUGGAGGAAUGCAUGGCUCUAGAGAUAUCCUCAUACAUUUCCUCCACCUCCUCAUCGGGGUGUGCUGAGGUUGGUGCGUAAACCUGUAUGACCUUCAGCGAAUACCGUUUGGUGAUUCUGAGUAUAAGGUACGCAACCCUCGUCGACACACUCAAUCUUUACAACGUUGUUAACGAGAGACUUGUGGACGAUAAAUCCGACACCUCCUUGGGACAGAUGGUCGCCCUCCCGGUAAUAGAGCAAGUUGCCGGAGUCGAGGAUUACCGUGUCCUCCCCCUCUCUUCGGACUUCGGAUAAUCCUAUAAUAUGCCAGCGUAACUUGUCUAUCUCUUCUUCCAGCUCCACAAUCUUCUCGUCAGUCCUCAGGGUGCGUGCGUUGUAUGUUGCCAGGUCAAGUCGUCGUAGGUGGCAACCGAACCUCCACUCUUAGCACCCCCUGCCCCGCCGUUACCAUGGUCGCCACCGUAGCCAGGAAUAGCGGGGCCGCCGGGGACUGGGGGCCGUUUCUGUGUUACUGUCAUUCAUGGGGGGUAUUUGCCAUAGUUGCCACGCUUGGCGAGCGGGUUGACAACCGCAGUUUUUUUAUUGUAAGUUUGUUGUUAUCAGGAAGAUGCUGCUGCCCAUCUCCUGCCUGUUUCCCUUUGUCGCCUUUUACGACACCCACGGGAAGAUUUGGGGUAGUGGAUAUUCUUAACCGCCACUACACGGCACAGCGCAUAUAAAGCACGGGAAAGCUACUACUUACAACGCUGAGAUGAAAUAAUUUCAUUUACAAUCAUCAAUAAAAAAAGGCAACACAUGCCAAUGGCGUCAUUUCGAAGUAAGGGUUACGUUGUAACAUUUAAUCUGUGGUAAGAAUAAGCGAAAUGAUAUUAAUGAAAGGAACAUUAAUAGUUUAAUAUGAAGUAAAAUAUAUAUUUUUUAUAAUAAAAAUUAGAAUAAAUCAAAUUGCACCCUAUCAUAUUAAGACAAAGUGAUAUCUCCUGUUGUGUACCGCAUUUUUCAAUACUUUAGCUGCUUCGCUACCAUUGCAGUUUUGUUUGUUACUUUAUUAUGGACUGUUUGACUGAAACCAUGUAUUUGUCGCUGUAAAUGUUCCGAUAUAUUUGAACAAGAUUGGUGAUGAAAAGACUUUGCCUACUUUAUUUGGUUGAAUAUUAAUGACCACUUUGGAUGUUUCUAAAUAUUUGAUCACCUUGACUGCUACCUCCCUUUUGACGCUGUCUGUACUAUCCUCUACUAUCCUAGUAUCAUAAUACUCCUAUCAAUGAUAGACUGUAAUUAAUUAAUUAAUUAAAUAUAAUAUAAAGUUUGGUAUACAUAUAAUUUUAAAUAUUGCGCUGCAGCAUCUUUAUAUUGAACUUUGUAAUGCAGGUAUGCAACCCGGGCCCGUGGCUUCCGCUACUGUUGCGCCUCCCUCCGCUCCCGCUCCACAGAAUAAAGAGUUCAAUACUGCUUCUCUAUGCAAGUUUGGCCAAGAAACCGUGCAAGACAUCGUGAGCAGAACCCAAGAUGUCUUCCAGACGUUGAAGGCUAUACAACCGCCGAAUGGCACACAACACGGAGAAAACGCCAGCAACGACAAAAAAGCAAAGAUGCAGGAGCAGCUGCGCACUAUCAGAUUGCUGUUUAAGAGGCUUCGAUUGAUUUACGAAAAGUGUAACGAGACUUGUCAGGGCAUGGAGUACACACACAUGGAAAGUCUCAUACCGCUCAAGGACGAAGCAGAUAAUAAAACGUUAGACGAGAGGCGGAACACAGAGUCUUAUAGACUGGCACUAGAAGAAAACAGAGAGCUUACUGAACAGGUGGUUCUUAAAAACAAACAACUGAAGGAAGUGAUAACCAAUUUAAGGACAAUAAUUUGGGAAAUUAAUGUGAUGUUGACAAUGCGGAGAUCAUAAGUUGUAAACUAUUAUAUGUAAAGUGUUUUUUGAACUUUAAUAGAUAUUAAGAAAUUGAGUGAAUGGUCGGAGAAUUGUUGGUGUAAAAUGUAAAUAGAGGAUGGAAUAGAGCAGGAAUAAUAGACAUGUUAUACGAUGUAUUAAUUGUUAAUUUUGUUGAUGAAAUGUUUUUUUAAACUGUCAAUAUAGUUUUAUGUACAUGAACACAAAAUAUGCAUGAAAAAAAGUGAAAAGUCAUUAUUGAGAGACAGGCAUUUUUUGUUAUCCUCACAGACAGUUACCAGCAUUGUAAAUAUAAAAUCCGUGAGCUC